AUGGAACAUUUAUUACAAGAUGAGAGCCUCAGACGAGCGAUCCUCAUUACUGGACUGAGCACAAUCCUCUGGCUGAUUUGGAAAUGGUCUACUGCAACGGACAUUCCCAAAAUCAAAGGUAUCUUCGAGAUUCCCGGCGCAUUGCCCAUAACAGGCCAUCUCCUCGAACUCGGCGACGACCACGCUUCAGUCUGCGAGUCCUGGUGGCACAAACACUCCCAACCCAUCUUUCAGAUCCGCUUAGGAAAUACCCGCGCCGUAGUCUUCAACAGUUUCUCAGCCUGCAAGAAAAUCCUCCUCAAUCAUCAAUCCGCCGUAAUCGACCGUCCAAAACUCUAUACUUUCCACGGCGUCAUUUCUUCUACUCAAGGUUUCACCAUAGGUUCCUCACCUUGGGACGAGAGCUGUAAAAAUAAACGCAAAGCCGCGGGCCAGACUUUGGGGAGAGUUGCGAUGAAAGGGUAUGUGGAGAUGUUUGACAUGGAAACUUUGAGUAUUGCGCGGGAUAUUCUACGGGAUUGUGGGAGAGGGGAGAGGGAGUUGGAGGUCCGGCCUUAUUUGCAACGGUAUGCGUUGAAUACGACGUUGACGCUUUGUUAUGGGAUUCGGAUGGAUGGGGUGUGGGAUGAUUUGUUGAGAGAGGUGUUGGAAGUUGGGAGUGCGAUUUCGUUGUUGAGGAGUGCGAGUGAGAAUUAUCAGGAUUACAUUCCGAUUUUGAGGUAUUUGCCGAAGAAUUCGAAGAAUGCGAGGAGUAAGGAGUUGCGGAGUAGGAGGGAUGCGUAUUUGAAUACGUUGUUGGAACGAGUGAGGGAGAUGAUACAGAUUGGGAACGAUAAGCCUUGUGUUGCUGCGGCUAUUCUGAAGGACGAGGAGACGAAGUUGACGGGGGUUGAGGUUUCUUCAAUCUGUUUGUCGCUUGUAUCCGGUGGCUUCGAGACGAUUCCAGGUACAUUGACCUCGUGUAUCGGAUCGUUGUCGACUCCGGAAGGGCAGAAGUUCCAAGAAAGAGCCUACGAAGACAUCAAGCGGCAUUAUUCCAACAUUGCAGAAGCAUGGACAAGAUCUCUCGAGGUCGAAGAUAUCCCAUAUGUCAAUGCCAUCGUAAAGGAAGCUGGACGAUACUACACCGUCUCGUCCAUGAGUCUACCGCGCAAAGCAGCAACCGACAUCCACUGGGACAAUGGAGUGGUGAUCCCCAAAGGCACCAUGAUUCUGAUCAAUGCACAGGCGGCGAAUCACAGCGUCGAGCACUUUGGUCCGGAUGCAGGGAUUUUCAACCCAGAACGAUGGCUCGAGUCUUUGGAUCCUCCGACGGAAGUCCCAUCGGAAGGUCUCCAGCAUCACUCAUUUGGUGCGGGAUCUCGGGCUUGUUCGGGGCAGUUCAUUGCAAGUCGACUCCUCUAUACCGCUCUGGUGCGCCUGAUCAGCAGCUUCAAGAUCGUUGCGAGCGAGACGGAGCCGCCGAAUACGGAUUACGUCGACUACAACCAAUUCAAGUCUGCUCUGGUGGCCAUCCCAAGAGACUUCAAGGUCAAGCUGAUACCGAGAGAUACGGAUGAGUUGGAGGGAUGCCUGAGAGCGGCGGAGGAGAGGACCAAGGAUGCUUAUACCUAG